CCAGCAGCCAUCAGUAGCAACAAGCAACAAGCAACAGCAACACAAAUUGCCAACAUGAUUGACGCCGCCUGCAAUUAUUUGAAUCCCUAUGCGCUGUCGCAGCCAACAGCAGUGCAUCAACAGCAGCAGCAGCAGCAGCAACAACAGCAGCAGCAGCAUCAACAACAACAGCAGCAGCAGCAGCAAUUGCAGCAACAACAGUUACAACAACAGCAAUCGCAUGAUUUUAUUAGCGCCACGCUGCUGUCCGCCUCCUCCACCUCCGCCUCCAGUUGCAAUUCCACAGCCUCCUCGCCAUUAUCACUCUACGGCAAGCCAGCAACAGCAGCAGCCGCAGCAGCAGCCACAACAGCUGCAGCCACAGCAGCAACAUCGGCAGCAUCCGCAGCAAUGAAAAUGGAAAUGCAAUAUCCGCCGCAAGCUUCGUCCACGGGCAGCGCCUCGCCCAAUUCGAGCAUAUCACAGUCGGCCGCCUCAUCCGCAUCGGUGUCGCCCAGCAUUUUCCCAUCGCCAGCGCAAUCAUUCGCCUCCAUAUCGGCCAGUCCGCCCGUGCCAGGCGCCAACUCAGCCUCGUCGGCUGCAUCGCCCAGCUCUGCAUCGUCCUCGUCCGCAGCAGCAGCCGCCGCAGCAGCAGCAGCAGCCGCAGCGGCGGAUCUAGGCGCCGCAGCAGUAGCCAGCGCUGCCUACGGCUGGAACACAGCUGCCUACAGUGCAUUGCCCACAAGCAGAACUCAAUUUCCGUAUGCGCAAUACGCCUCCGAUUACUAUGGCAAUGUCGCCAGCGUGGGCGUGGCCGCUUCGGCCAGCGCCGCUUGGUUCUCGCAUCAGGAGCGACUCUAUCAGCCGUGGUCCUCGCAGAGCUAUCCCAGCUUCAAUUUCGACGACAUUGCAUUCCAGACGCAGCUGCAGCGUCGCUCCGUGCGCUGCACUUGCCCCAACUGCACCAACGAAAUGAGCGGCCUGCCGCCCAUUGUCGGUCCCGAUGAGCGCGGCCGCAAGCAGCACAUCUGCCAUAUUCCCGGCUGUGAGCGGCUCUACGGCAAGGCCUCGCAUCUGAAGACGCAUCUGCGCUGGCACACGGGCGAGCGUCCAUUCCUAUGCUUGACCUGCGGCAAGCGCUUCUCGCGCUCCGACGAGCUGCAGCGUCAUGGACGCACGCACACCAACUAUCGCCCCUACGCCUGUCCCAUCUGCUCCAAGAAGUUCUCGCGCAGCGAUCAUCUCAGCAAGCACAAGAAGACGCACUUCAAGGACAAGAAGAGCAAGAAGGCGCUGGCAGCUGAGGCCAAGGAGCAAGCGGCAGCCAUCAAGCAGGAAAAGCAAUCUACAGACAAGUUAUCGCUUAGCAAAAAGUCGUCGCUUAGCAAAAGCAGCAGCACAACAGCAACAGCAGCAACAGCAGCCGUAGCCGUUGCUGUGCCCGCGCCCGCUGCCGUGCAAUUCAAGCAGGAGCAACCCGAGCUGGCCAGCAGCUUGGGCUAUGCGCCCUAUGCAAAUCUCUAUCAGCAAUCAGCAGCCAUGACAGCAGCAACAGCAACUGCAGCAUUGCCGCCACCGCCGCCACUUUUCCAGCAGCAACAGCAGCAGCAGCAGCAACAUGAAGUAAGCAACAGCAGCAGCAGCAACAGCAACUACGAGCCUUGGAGUAGCAGCAAUCGUGCCAUGGAAACAUCUCAAACUACCUCAGCUACGCUUAGAGCAGCAGCCAGCAGCAACAGCAAUGCGAGCAACAACAGCAACAGCAAUGCGAGCAAUCAAACGCCGCAUUAUGCAGCCCUGGCAAUGCAAAGUGAAUCACAGCUGGCCGCAGAGUACGGUCUGACCAUGUCCGGACUUGCCAGCGGUGCCAGCGACAACAGCAACAGCAGCUGCAACAACAACAACAACAGUAACAGUAACAACAAUAGCAAUGGCGGCUAUGCGGGUUUGAUUGGCCAUAUGAAGUCCGAGUACGCAGCCAGCAGCUAUGCCACAGAUUUCGCCAGCGGCUCCGGCUAUGCAGGCUAUGCACAUCAUGCUGCCCAUGCUCAUGCCCACGCCGCCCAUGCCCAUGCCCAUGCUCAUGCCCAUGCGGCGCAUCAUCAUCAUCAUCAUCAUCAUAAUGCGUGGGCCGCCUAUCAUCCGCAUGCCACGGCCUAGUCCGAAGAGACUGCAGUGUACCUUACCUAGCUAAGUGUUGUUCUCCUCCUCCUCCUCCUUGUUGUUGUUGUUGUUGUUGUUGUUAUCGAAAAGUAAGCAAAAGUAAA